ACUCUUCAUCUGCAAAGCGUCAUGUCCUCUUCCACAGAGAUGACGGCCACCACGCAGAUCACUCCUGAGGUUCUCCAGAAACUCCUGCAGUAUUAUAACCUCUCCCGACAGGAAUUCAUCCAAACCUACAACAUCCAGCCUCUGGUUUACAUCCCUGAACUCCCAGCUGGAGCGAAAACCACUUUUGUGGUCAUGUAUGUGAUUAUUUUCGUGCUGGCGCUGGUUGGAAACAGUCUGGUGGUUUAUAUUGUGGUGCGUAAAGGCGCGUCGCAAACGGCGACGAACGUCUUCAUCUGCUCUCUGGCUGUCAGCGAUCUCCUCAUCACCUUCUUCUGCAUCCCCUUCACACUCCUGCAGAACAUCUCUUCAGAGUGGCUGGGAGGUGUUCUGGUGUGUAAGACGGUUCCUUUCGUACAGACCACAGCCAUCGUGACGGGCAUCCUCACCAUGACGUGUAUCGCCGUCGAGAGAUACCAGGGCAUCGUUUAUCCGCUCAAAAUGAAACGAGAGUACACGCCCAAGAGAGCCUACAAACUGUUAGGUCUGGUGUGGAUGGCGGCGGUCAUGGUGGGAUCUCCGAUGUUGUUCGUUCAACAGUUAGAGGUGAAGUAUGAUUUUCUGUACGACCUCCAUCACGUGUGCUGUCAGGAGCGCUGGCGUUCUCUUCAGCAUCGACAGAUCUACACAACCUUCAUGAUGGUGGCUCUGUUUCUCCUGCCGCUCGCUGCCAUGCUCUUCCUCUACAGUCGCAUCGGAGUCGAGCUCUGGAUCCGCAAACGUGUGGGAGACUCGUCCGUCCUCAACGCCAUGAACCACAGAGAGAUCAACAAAAUCACAAAAAAGAAGAAACGUGCCGUGAAAAUGAUGAUCACUAUUGUCCUUCUGUUCACCAUAUGCUGGGCUCCGUUUCAUAUCGUCCACAUGCUCUUCGAGUACAAUGAUCUGGAGAAGAGCUACGACGAGGUGACCGUCAACAUGAUCAUCGCUGUGGUUCAGGCCAUCGGCUUCUCCAACUCUUUCAACAAUCCCAUCGUCUACGCCUUCAUGAACGAGAACUUCAAAAAGAGCUGCGUGGCCACGCUUUCGCUUUACCUGCGGCGGCCCGGCCGCCAGGGCGGCGCCAGAGAGCGAGCCAACGUCAGCGUGCACUUCUCCAAACAUCUCAAACCUGAAGCGUUCAGCACCAACACGGGCAGCAGAAACACAGACGGUCCUCACACGCCUCACAACAGACAUCUGGAAAUGCCCACAUGCUCCUCACAGCUCCCAGCCGUCAAAUAA